UACGUUGUCGCAUUCUCAGGGUCGCAGAUACAAUACCUAAGUAUUUUCAAAUCUCACCGUUUGUGUUUUUGUACUUGUUCUCUACUUCUGUUCGUCCAGCGAUUCGUCGAAGCGCACACCUGUGUGCACCGUGGCCAUCAUGUCUUCAUACAGCAACCCUCGAGAAUCCGUCUUCAAUCAGCCUAAGCCGGUGGUCAACCUUCCCAGCGAUCUCCUGGACGCAGUCACGAAGAAUGUCGAGCCAUACCCUAUUCCUGAGGGGAGGAGAUACGAGUAUGGCACCGCUGGGUUCCGCAUGAAAGCAAAUGCAGGAUUGGAUCAUGUCAUCUACACAGUUGGACUCAUUGCCGCGGCUCGGUCAAAAAAGCGCAAUGCAACUAUUGGAAUAAUGAUUACAGCCAGUCAUAACCCGGCAGAGGACAACGGUGUGAAGUUGGUGGAUCCUAUGGGUGAUAUGCUGGAGCAAUCCUGGGAAAGCUAUGCGACGACUUUGGCCAACACGCCCAAUGACAAACUUGCCAAAGCAUAUGAGAACCUGGUGAAUGAGACAUUGGUUGACGAGAUUCGUCAACUUCAUGAGCGACCAGCCAAGGUGGUCUUCGCCCACGACACCCGAGCCUCAGGUCCUUACCUCGUCACUGCUCUCAAGGCCGCAUUGGAUGCUGUCAAAGUCGAAUAUACCGACUAUGGACUCUUGACAACCCCUCAACUUCACUACAUUGUUCGUUGUAUAAACACCCUGAACUCGCCUUAUGCAUUUGGUGAACCCACCGAGCAAGGAUAUUACGAGAAGAUGGCCAAAGCAUUCAAAACUCUGAUGUAUGGACGGUCAAUCCAUGGGUCUGUGACUGUUGAUUGUGCCAACGGUGUCGGCGGACCCAAGCUGAAGGAAUUUAUCAAGUACCUUCCAAGCGGGAAAGAAGGUGGAAUUGACAUCAAGAUCAUCAACGAUGAUGUUGUUAGACCGGAAUCUCUCAAUAUGGAUUGUGGCGCCGAUUAUGUCAAGACCAAACAACGCGCUCCACCAAGCUCGAAUGUCGGUCCUGGAGAUCGAUGCUGUUCGUUAGAUGGCGAUGCUGAUCGUAUAGUAUACUAUUAUACGGACGAUUCGAAAACAUUUCACCUCCUCGAUGGUGACCGAAUCGCCACUUUGGGGGCUGUCUUUCUUGCCGAUAUGACUCGAGUGGCUGGGAUCGACAGCAAACUCAAAAUUGGCAUCGUUCAGACCGCGUACGCCAAUGGAGCUGCAACCGAGUAUGUUGAGAAAGUCCUGAAACUUCCAGUCGCAGUCACACCUACCGGUGUCAAGCAUCUUCACCACGCUGCAGCCCGGUACGACAUUGGUGUCUACUUUGAGGCUAACGGUCACGGCACGGUUUUGUUCUCGGACAAUGCCAUUAAAGUGAUCAAAGAGUCUGAGCCGAAGUCUCCUGGACAAAAACAUGCUCUUGACUCUCUUCGCGCUUGUAUCGAUUUGAUCAAUCAAGCUGUGGGUGAUGCCAUUUCAGACAUGCUGUUUGCCGAAGUUGUUCUCGCUCACAAAUCUUGGACGUUGGAGAACUGGCGGAACACUUACAUUGACUUGCCGAAUCGUUUGGUUCGGGUUGAAGUUCGAGACCGAUCGAUCUUCAAGACGACUGAUGCCGAGCGGAAACUUGAGUCGCCCAAGGGGGCUCAGGAUGAGAUUGACAAGUUUUGUCAAAUGUAUGUCAAGGGUCGUGCCUUUGCUCGAGCUUCAGGGACGGAAGAUGCUGUGAGGGUCUAUGCCGAAGCACAUUCCAAGACUGAGGCGGAGAAACUUGCAGGUCAGGUUGCUGAGGUUGUGAGGAAGUAUGGAGCCAAUUGAAUUGGUAUGAAUGAAUGACAAUUGGGGGUGAGCAUAGCGUUGGCGUAUGAUGGGGUGUUUGGGUCAAGUGACUGGAUGCAGAUGCAGAUGCAGAUGCAGCUACAGAUACCACGAAAUAAAAGUGCUUUUCAUUAAGAUGAUGACUUGACCUGGAGU